AUGGUAAUUAAGGCUCAAAAUAGGUCUAAAAAUAAAGUAGGAGGUGGGGGUGGGGGUGGUGCUGGUGGUGCUGGCAGAGACCGUGGUGUUAAAAGUCGUGGUAAUAGAAAUGGUGGUGGUGGUGGUGGUGGUAGAGGAGGAGGAGCCAAUCGUGGAGGUGAUGGUGGUAAUGGUGGUGGUCGUCGUGGGGGUGGUGGUGGGCCUGGAGGUGAUGGUGGUGGACGUCCUGGAGGUGCUGGAGGUCCAAAAGGAGGGCGAAAUGGAGGUUCUGGUGGUGCUGGAGGUCCAAAAGGAGGGCGUAAUGGAGGUGCUGGUGGUACUGGAGGUCCAAAAGCAGGGCGAAAUGGAGGUGCUGGUGGUCCUGGAGGUGGUGGUGGUGGCCGGCCUGGAGGUGCUGGUGGUCCAAAAGGAGGUCGAAAUGGAGGUGCUGGUAGACCUGGAGGUGGUGGUGGUCGACCAGGAGGUGCUGGUGGUAAAGGUGGUGGAAAAGGAGGUAAAAAUGGUGGAAAAGGAGGUAAAAAUGGUGGAAAAGGAGGACCCGGUGGUAAAAAAACAGUCGAUGGUUUUAGUAGUCUUGCGGAAAAAAAGAAAUGGAUGGCUACCUGGUGUUGUCCACCAAUGUGUUAUAUUAUGAAUGAUGGUACUUUUAAUGCUGGUUGGAGACCAAAUCAGAGACCAGUUGAAGCUGGUGGAACAGCUGAUAAGCCUAAUUGUCCUGCAGGUUAAAAAAUACAAUCAAAAUAAGGUGGCGAUGCUAGAGA